GUGCCUUUUGCUUUUGUAGUCAAGCAAGCCUCAAAGAAAGGUACUCACUCCUAGAGGAAGAGAGAGGAGAGGCUCUAAACUUUGAGGUGCUUUAGGCCGGGUUUUCUUUCUUUUCUAUCUUGUUUCUUUGCUUCUCUUCUCUCUCAUAAACCGCCUAGCUACAUACAUACAUGCGUUAGCACAAGUUAAAGAGAACAACACAAGUACGUCACCACCAUGAAUAAGAUGAACAACUUGAGUUCUGUAAGCAGCUCUGAUCUCAUAGAUGCCAAGCUUGAAGAGCAUCAGUUGGGUGGAUCCAAGCAGUGCCCCGGUUGCGGACACAAGUUUGAAGGAAAGCGGGAUUGGCUAGGUCUGCCAGCAGGAGUGAAGUUUGAUCCAACAGACCAAGAACUAAUAGAGCAUCUUGAAGCCAAAGUGGAGGCAAGGAACAACAUGAGAUCACACCCUUUGAUUGAUGAGUUCAUCCCCACUAUUGAAGGAGAAGAUGGAAUUUGUUACACCCAUCCUGAGAAACUUCCAGGAGUAACAAGGGAUGGCUUGAGCAAGCACUUCUUCCACAGACCUUCAAAGGCAUACACAACAGGCACAAGAAAGAGAAGAAAGAUCCAAAAUGAAUGUGACUUGCAAGGUGGAGAAACCAGAUGGCACAAGACAGGUAAGACCAGGCCAGUGAUGAUGAAUGGGAAACAAAAAGGCUGCAAGAAAAUCCUUGUCCUCUACACCAACUUUGGGAAAAACAGAAAGCCUGAGAAGACCAACUGGGUGAUGCAUCAGUACCAUCUUGGCCAGCAUGAGGAGGAGAGAGAAGGGGAGCUUGUGGUGUCAAAGAUAUUUUAUCAAACACAGCCAAGGCAAUGUAACUGGUCAGAUAGGAGUGCCUGCACAACAGGUGAAGGAAGUGGGGAAUUGCCAAAUGGUGGAAGAAGAGACAGUGGAAGUGGGAGUUGCUCUUCCAAGGAAAUUGUUCCUACUCACAGAGAUGAAAUGACUUCUGUUAUUGUUAGUGGUGUUAAUCCAAUGACAGGCUUCACUCAUGCAUUGGACAUUCAACAACAGCUGAAAUCUGAUCAUUUCAGCUUCAUCCCUUUCAGGAAAAGCUUUGAUCAUGAGGUUGGAAUAGUAGAGGCUUCAACAGCAAGGGAAGUGCAAGCAUCAGGCUCAUGCGAAGAGGUGCAUGAACGGCAUCGACAACAUGUAACUCAUCAUCAUCAACAACAACAACAGCAACAACAACAACAACAUGUAACUCAUCAUCAUCAACAACAACAGCAGCAGCAGCAACAUCACCAUCAGAUUGCAAACUCGGCUUUUCAUAUCAGUAGGCCUUCACAUCCCAUCUCCACCAUAAUCUCUCCGCUUCCAGCUCCACUACACCACACGUCCAUCAUCCUCGACGAAAACUCCUACCAUGUUAAUAGAGUAAUGCUCCAAAACGAUAAUUUUCAGCAGCAACAGCAGCAACAGCAUCAUAAGCUAGGAGGAAGGUCUGCGUCUGGUUUGGAGGAACUCAUCAUGGGGUGCACUUCAAGUUCAACUGAUAUCAAACCGGGGUCAACUAUCACAAACCCACAAGAAGCUGAAUGGUUGAAGUACUCUUCUUAUUGGCCAGACCCUGACAACCCGGAUCAUCAUGGGUAGGAGAGGAGAGGGGUCAUGAACCCCAAAAAGAGAGUGUGUGAGAGAGAGAACAGUAGGAAAAAAACAAAAAACCAUACAACAGACAACAUCAUUAUCAUCAUCAUUAGUACUUCAAGCCUCCACCAAGUUAAACAAAAGGCCCAGAAAUCACCAUCCAUAAUAGUUUGCUUGCUCCUUUUCUUUCUUUUCCAAUGGAGCCUGUCUGUUUAUAAAACUCUAGCUGGUGGCUCUCAUUGCAAACGGGACAAGCUGGAAAGAGAGAUAUAGAAAGAACGAAGGAUAAAGGAAAAUGUAAAUCAUCAGAGAGAAAAGAAAAAGACAAGAAAGGCUGCUGUCACUUCUGACACAUUGAGAGGGAGGAGAACCCCAAACAAAGUAAAUGUAUCCUCCUGCUGCUGCAUGAAAAUCAUCACUAUUUGAUUAAGAUACCAUCUUCAUAUUAUUUUAUUAUUUUGAAAUAUUUGUAUAAUUUCACUUUUUCUUGUUUUUCUUAUUUUUAUUUCAUACCAGAAAUAUCAUACCAAUGAGAGUUUGUGCAAACUGCAAACCACCUUGUUACUUGUGCUGUAGUUGGUCACUUUCUUAUUAUAGUAAAAUAUUGUAAUUGUUCUCCUA